AUGUCCAACAAUGAGCCAACCGACGGCUCUCGUCAGUCGCAGGACGUGCGCCGACCGUCGCUAGUUUCCUCCCGUGCCAUGUCCGACUUGGGUCGUCGCUCCUCCCAACAUGUACGCUUUUCUACCGAUCUCGAACCCCCCUCCGCCGAAGAACAGCGCAAUGUCUCCAACGAUCGACGCCCCAGUUCCCGAGGACUGACCAUUGAUACGGCGCUGGCGCCUCCCAAUAUCCAACAGGCAGCGCGUUCACCGACCUCCCCACUCUCCCCUCCCAAUGCCACCCCGAGCGCCACACUCUCCCCGACUUCCCCGACCGAUUCUAACGGUCGGUCGCGGUCGCGAAACCGUGGAUAUUCAUUGCGCCGAUCUCUUUUUAACCGCAAUAUACUAUCGCAGCCAGAAAAAGAUGAUUCGGAUGCCGCAGAGCUGGGAGAGGCCAAGGGCUCGACCCCGAGUACGGUACCGGAAGAGCGCCCUGUUCCUGUACCACCGAUGAUGCCUAGCCCCGUGGAAGAAAAGAGUGAAUUGGCUGUCGCGCCGACUGUGACGACCGCCACACUCGAGUCGGAUGAAGAAGCAGCCUCGAAGUACUUUUCCUCGGAGCAUGGCUUCAAGGAUCAUUACAUGACAAUUGCGCAGGACAGGUGGUCGAGCAAGAAAGCAGAGAUGGCGAUCCUCUCAGAUCGCUUUGAAGCCUUCUUGACUAAGAUUCAGAAUUUCAUUCUGCGUAUCAAGGAAAUCCCACCGACGGAGAACGGACGCCAUAUCGAUUUGAACCCAUCUUUGGUGGAGACCUUUAUCGAUGAACGUACAGGGAAGCCAUAUGUCGAGAAUUGGAUUCGCUCAAGUCGCUACAGCUUCUGGAGUUUCUUUCCUCGACAGCUGUUUGCGCAAUUUACCAAACUGGCCAACUUUUACUUCUUGAUUGUGGCCAUCUUGCAAAUGAUCCCUGGGUUGAGUACUACUGGCACUUAUACAACUAUCGUUCCGCUUUUGAUCUUCGUUGGUAUUUCCAUGGGCAAGGAAGGGUUUGAUGACUGGCGCCGGUAUCGUCUGGACAAAGAAGAGAAUAAUAGCUAUGCGUCGGUGCUCCGGGCUACUGAAGAAACCACUGAAGGUAUUGCGGUGGCCAAUGGCUACUAUGACUGGGUUCAAAUCAAGUGGCAGGAAAUUCGAGUCGGAGAUGUCAUUAAAUUGGAGCGCGACCAGCCAGUUCCUGCCGAUAUUGCCCUACUUCAUGCCAACGGGCCUAACGGCGUGGCUUUCAUCGAGACAAUGGCCCUGGAUGGGGAGACCAACUUGAAGAACAAGGCACCGUGUCAACCGGUCGCCAAGGUGUGUUCUACAGAGGAAGAUAUCACCCGCAACCAGUUGCAUUUCGUUGUUGAAGACCCGAAUCUGGAUCUUUACAAAUUCGAUGGUCAUGUCACCGUUAACGGGCAGGAGAAGUUGCCCCUGACCAACAAUGAAAUAGUCUACCGUGGAAGUAUUCUGCGCAAUACCGAUCGCGCUUUGGGUAUGGUGAUUUACACCGGUGAAGAAUGCAAGAUCCGGAUGAACUCCAACAAGAAUCCCCGAAUCAAGCAGCCAGCACUCCAGGCCAAGGUCAACCGUGUCGUGAUGUUGAUUGUGCUGAUCGUCGUCAUCAUGGCCGUGGUGUGCACGGUUGCCUACCGCUUCUGGUCGCAGGAUGUCGAGAAACACUCCUGGUAUCUUAAAAACGCAAGCGUGGCCUACGGUCCAGUCUUCACGUCUUAUCUCAUCAUGUUCAACACCAUGAUCCCCAUCUCGCUGUAUGUGAGUAUGGAGAUUGUGAAGGUUGUCCAGAUGUUCCUUCUCAACGACAUUGACAUGUACGAUCCCGAGUCCGAUACCCCCUUGGAGGCACGAACAUCCACCAUCAACGAGGAACUGGGCCAAGUCAGCUACAUUUUCUCCGAUAAAACCGGUACCCUGACGAAUAACUCCAUGCGCUUCCGUAAGAUUAGUGUUGCUGGAACGGCUUGGUUGCAUGACUCGGAUCUUCAGAAAGAGGCUGCUCGUGAAGGAGACAAACUUAUUCACAAGAAACGAACCAUCAAAGGCAAGAAAGCCACUGGCCGGAAGUCCAACAUUUCCGAGAUGGGCAUGCCCCGUCCAUCCAAUGUAUCCGCUGUCGACGUGCUACGUCGCUCUACUCCUCACCGCACCGCCGAGAUGAUCGAGUACAUCCAGCGCAAGCCAUACACCGUCUUUGCUCGAAAGGCCAAGCUGUUUAUUCUGGCUAUGGCUCUAUGUCACACCUGUAUUCCCGAAAAGGACAAAACGGGUGAUUACACCUUCCAGGCUGCUUCACCUGAUGAGCUUGCUCUUGUUUUGGCGGCUAAGGAGCUUGGGUACUUGGUGAUGGACCGACAGCCAAAUAGCUUGACUAUCCGAACAUACCCGAAUGGUCCCGAUGAGGCUGCCAACGAUGAGACUUACCAAAUUCUGGAUGUCAUUGAAUUCUCCAGUGCACGGAAGCGUAUGUCAGUCGUGGUGCGUAUGCCUGACCAGCGGAUCUGUCUGUUCUGCAAGGGCGCCGAUACCUCCCUGAUGCGUCUGCUUAAGCGUGCCGACUUGGCACAGGAGAAGUCGCAGGAGAUCGCGCGCCGCACUAGCAAGCGCAAGGCUGCAGAAGCAGACCACGUUAUUCGCCGCAACAGUGAGUACAACAGCCGAAAAGACAGUGGUGUUCGGAACAGUCUCAGCCGGCCCAGCUUUACUCGUCGGCGCUCGUCUAUCUCUGGCCAACAUACGUCAACUCUCCGUGCUAGUAUUGAUGUCUGGCUGCGCGACCGGGAGACGGAUGGUGGUAUCACCAACCGCGAAGCCGAUAGCGAGUAUUAUUCUCCUCGGCCUUCCGCACAGAUGUCGAUUGGAAGGAACUCCGCUGCGAUCUCUGAUACUGGUAGUUCUACGAAUGGCGAGGAAGAGGAGGAUCUUGUCGAAGAGGCUCUUGUGGUGAAUGAGACCGCUGUUUUUGAACGAUGCUUCCAGCACCUGAAUGACUUUGCGACCGAUGGACUGCGCACCCUUCUUUACGGCCACCGAUUCUUGGACGAGGCAACCUACAAUACUUGGAGGGCUGCGUACCACGAUGCCUCUACUAGUAUUGUGGACCGACAGGAGAAGAUAGAAGAGGUCGGCGAACAAAUCGAACAACAGCUGGAGCUGACGGGUGCUACCGCCAUUGAGGACAAGUUGCAAAAGGGCGUCCCGGAGACUAUCGACAAGCUGCGACGUGCCAACAUUAAGUUGUGGAUGUUGACCGGUGACAAGCGCGAAACUGCUAUCAACGUUGGCCAUGCUUGCCGUCUAGUCAGGGACUACUCGAAAUUGACGAUCCUGGAUCAUUUGCAUGGUAACGUUGAACAGUCGAUCAUUGAUCUGACCAGCGAGGUCAUUCGCGGCCGUGUCGCCCAUUCUGUGGUUGUUGUUGAUGGGCAGACACUGGCAACGAUCGAGGCGAACGAAGUCGUGCGAAAGCGCUUCUUCCAGUUGGCUAUUCGUGUGGAUUCGGUGAUCUGUUGCCGUGCGAGCCCGAAGCAGAAAGCGUUCCUCGUCAAGACGAUUCGCACUCAUCUCAAUGACGCUAUCACCCUCGCUAUUGGAGAUGGUGCCAACGACAUCGCCAUGAUCCAGGAGGCGCAUGUUGGUAUAGGUAUCGCUGGUAAAGAGGGCCUUCAGGCUGCGCGCAUUUCGGACUAUUCCAUUGCACAGUUCCGGUUCUUACAGAAGCUACUUUUGGUUCACGGUCGUUGGAAUUACAUGCGCGCAUGCAAGUAUACCCUUGGAACCUUUUGGAAAGAAAUGCUCUUCUACCUGACGCAGGCGCUCUACCAGCAUUGGAACGGGUAUACUGGAACCAGUCUAUACGAGUCGUGGAGUUUGAGCAUGUUCAAUACGCUCUUCACUUCUCUCGCUGUGAUCUUCCUGGGCAUUUUCACCAAGGACCUGGCCGCAUCGACGCUGUUGGCAGUACCGGAACUCUACUCUAAGGGUCAACGGAACGGCGGCUUCAAUAUCCGACUGUGGCUUGGCUGGUCAUUCAUGGCUGCUUGUGAAGCAUGCAUCAUCUUUUUCACGAUGUAUAGCCUCUUUGGCAUGGUUCAAAUCAACCUUAGCGACGUCGAUACAUUCGCCCUCGGCCUCCUCACCUUCACUACCUGCAUAGUGGUUAUCAACAUUAAACUCCAAGUCUUGGAAGUCCACAACAAGACCUACAUGAACCUGAUCGUCAUAAUCAUCUCCGUUGGCGGCUGGAUGGUAUGGAACAUGAUCCUCUCCAAAAAAUACAAGCUCAGCUCCGGGAAAGGAGUCUACGAUGUCCCCGGAAACUUCCUCCACCAUGUUGGCCAUAAUCUCCUCUUCUGGGCCGUCCUCUUUGUCUCGGCCACGUCAGUCCUCAUGCUCGAAAUGGCAGUCAGCACCCUCCGCGCCCUCUUCUUCCCCACAGACGUCGACAUCUUCCAAGAAUACGAGCAAGACCUCGAUAUCCGCAGACGUUUCGAAGAGGCUGCAGCUACAGAACUCCAGCAGGGCUGGGACCAUGGAACCAAGAAGUCAAGUCUCGAAAUUGCCCGUGAGAACAUCGAGAUGGAAGCCCGUGAGCGCCAUGUUCAGGAACUCUUGGCGCGUCCGCGUGUCAUGACUGAGGUCAAACCUGCUACUCAUGAACAUGAGCUGGAAGGCUACUCCAGUGCUAGUGCUAGUGCUAGCCAGGUCGGCAGCACUGCCCAUGACACACGCGAGAAUGAUUACGGUCUGGGACCCGCUUCACCUUCUGAAUCAUUUGUACAGCGCCGCUCCUUUGAAAUCCACGAAUUAUUCAGUAAAGGCUUUGGAGCAAUCCAUAAAAGUCAACUGAAAUGA